ACCACGUCCCAGGGCAGACUGAGGGGUCAGUUGACCCCCAUGCCCUCUGACCUGCUGGGCCCUGUGGUCCAGUACCUGGGGGUCCCCUACUCCCGCCCCCCCACCGGGGAGAGACGCUUCCAGCCCCCUGAGCCCCCCCUGUCCUGGCCGGGGGUGAGAAACGCCACCCAGUUCUCUCCCGUCUGCCCCCAACCUGUAGAGGAACACAGCCUGCUGACAGAGAUGUUACCUCUCUGGUACUCUGCCAACCUGGACAUAGCCAGCGCAUACCUGUCACAGCAGAGUGAAGACUGUCUCUACCUCAAUAUAUACGUCCCUACUGAGGAAGACAUCCAUGAUGAGGGCGGUCUGCGGCCGGUGAUGGUGUACGUCCACGGAGGUUCCUACUCAGAGGGGAGCGGCAGCAUGAUGGACGGCAGUGUCCUGGCUAGCUAUGGAAACGUCAUCGUCAUCACAAUCAACUACAGACUGGGAGUACUGGGUUUCCUCAGUACGGGUGACCAGGCAGCUAAAGGCAACUAUGGUCUGUUGGACCAGAUCCAGGCUCUGCGCUGGGUGAAGGAGAACAUUGCUGCAUUCAGCGGAGACCCAGACAGAGUCACUGUGUUUGGCUCCGGAGCUGGAGCCUCCUGUGUGAGCCUGCUAACUCUGUCCCACUACUCUGAGGAUCUGUUCCAGAAGGCGAUCAUCCAGAGUGGGACAUCCCUGUCCAGCUGGGCGGUCAACUACCAGCCAGGGAAGUAUGCAAGGCUGCUGGGGGACAAAGUGGACUGCAGCCUGGAGGACUCAUCAGAGCUGAUCGCCUGCCUGCAGGGGAAGACCUACCAGGAGCUGCUGGAAGAGAACAUCACCCCAGCUAAAUACCACACCGCCUUCGGACCUGUCAUCGACGGUGAUGUCAUCCCUGACGACCCCCAGAUACUCAUGGAGCAGGGGGAGUUCCUCAACUAUGACAUCAUGCUGGGUGUGAACCAGGGGGAGGGGCUUAAGUUCGUUGACGGGAUGGUCAAUGGUGAGGAUGGCGUCUCCGGCGACGAUUUUGACUUUGCCGUGUCAGACUUCGUGGACAGUCUCUAUGGCUACCCGGAGGGGAAGGACACGUUGAGAGAGAGCAUCAAGUUCAUGUACACAGACUGGGCCGACCGGGAGAACCCUGAAACCCGGCGGAAGACGCUAGUCGCUCUGUUCACUGAUCACCAGUGGGUGGCGCCGGCGGUGGCCACAGCAGACCUCCACGCCCAGUAUGGAUCGCCAACAUACUUCUACUCCUUCUACCACCACUGUCAGAGUGACGUGUCGCCCGCCUGGGCUGACUCCGCCCACGGAGAUGAGGUGCCGUAUGUGUUCGGUCUGCCGCUGAUCGGACCCACGGACCUCUUCAACUGUAACUUCUCUAAAAACGACGUGAUGCUCAGCGCCGUGGUCAUGACAUACUGGACCAACUUCGCCAAGACAGGAGAUCCUAACCAGCCAGUGCCCCAGGACACCAAGUUCAUCCACACCAAACCCAACCGCUUUGAGGAGGUGGCCUGGGCCAAGUAUACCCCCAAGGAACAGCUUUACCUGCACAUCGGCCUGAAGCCACGCGUCAGAGACCACUACAGAGCCACCAAGACAGCGUUCUGGCUGCAGCUGGUUCCCCAUCUCCACAACAUCAACGAGUUGCUGCAGUACGUGUCCUCUGCAACCCACAGCCCUCCCCAGGACACAACUCCUCACUCCUACACCAAGCGGCUGUCUAAAGGCCUGGGCCUGGGCAGCACGCGCCACCCCAACCCCCCGUCCACGCCCCAGACUCCGGCACUGCAGGGGGAGGAGCUGCAGGUCCCCCACUCCGUCAUGGAGGACUAUUCCACUGAGCUGAGCGUUACCAUCGCAGUGGGAGCCUCACUCCUCUUCCUCAACAUCCUGGCCUUCGCUGCUCUGCUCUACAAGAAAGACAAGCGCAAGAUGGAACAUCGCAGGCCGCCACGCCCACCUCCACGCCAUGAUAUCAUCAAUGCUGACAUCACACACCAGCUGCAGGGGGAGGGGCUUCUGAAGCAGCUGGAAGCUGAGGCCCUGCAUCAACACAACACCCUGGAGAUACAUGACACACACAACAUACACCACACGCUGGAGGCUCUUGACACCCUGGACACACAGGACAUCUACAACACUCUGGACACCCUGCGACUGACCUGUCCACCAGACUACACCCUGACCCUGAGACGCUCCCCUGACGAUGUGCCCCUGAUGACUCCCAGGUCUCUGCCCAUGACCCCUGGCUCUCACCCCGCCACCCCCAUGACUCCCAUGACACCUGGAUCUGUUGUGGGGAUGCAGCCCAUGCAGGGCUUUAGUCCUUACAGUAACACACACUUGCCCCAUACGCACACGCACACACACCCCAACACACACACACACUCCACCACACGCGUAUAA